UUUAUCUCACACUCAAGAGGAGACACAAGAUAAAGGAGGCACCAUUACCAAACACCGCGCCUUCCACCCUCCCACAACACCAGUCACCCACAACAUCAUAUUCCAACACCUUCUCUCGCGUCGCCUCACAUUCUCUUUAUACAUCCUUCCACUGACACAGCGAAGAGGCGUCGCGUCAUGGCGUGGGGCAUUGGUAUCCUGCGCUCCAGCUAUGAGUCGUUACUGCUGUCUUACGGCGUGUGGGAGGCGCUGCUGCCCUACAUCAUCUGGGGCCAGCGUGUCGUGUUCGUCUGCCUCCUGCUGGUCGCCACGGUGGGAGGCAGACUUAGACUCAGGAGGAAAUACGUUCAGGUCCUUGACAGUGUGUUUACCUUCGCUGCCGCCAAGCUGGGUGACGAGACGCCCCUGGAGGAGGAGGGAGAGGCGCGCAGGGAUAGCGAUGAAGUGCACGAGGCCAAGGACAGUGACAGAGUGGUGAUCGACCCCGAGUCCCCAAAAGCCGAACCAGGAUCUCCAGAUGGCUCCUUUAAGUUCCAGGAUCCUCUGCCGUACCUGGCGGCGGGCAUGCGGGCCGUGGUUUCAGACUGCGUCACCAAGAGCUUCACCUCGGCUGAGCUGCGCACCUGGAACAUGCUCUCCAGGACGAAGCAUAAGCGAUACCUCCGCCUGAGUCGCUCCCUGACGGUGUUCUGGGUGGUGGGCGUGGUCAUCCGCUACCUGUUCCUCUUCCCCAUGCGGCUCCUCGUAACGGUUAUCAGUCUGGCUAACUUAGUGGUCUGCUGCAUUGCAGUCGGUCUGCUGCCAGAGAGCGAGUUCAAGCGACGCCUCAAUGCAAAGGUGGUAACGUGGUGCUUCGACUUCGUGGCGGGGUCAAUCUCCGUGGUAGCCAGGUUCCACAACCCCGAGAACAGACCUACCCAUGGCAUCGCUGUCGCUAACCACACGUCCCCCAUUGACUGCAUGGUGCUGGCGACUGACCAGUGCUACGAUAUGGUGGGGCAGAAAUCAGGAGGGAUCUUAGGGGUGUUCAUGAGCGCCCUCUCAAAGUCCUCUACACACAUCUGGUUUGAGAGAACGGAGGCCAACCAACGUGCGGAGGGCGGCAAAGAGGUGAGUGAAGGAGCGCUGAGGGAACACUCGCAGAACACCCGCUUGCCGCCCAUCCUCAUCUUUCCAGAAGGCUGCUGCGUCAACAACACGGCCGUCAUGCAGUUCAAGAAAGGGUCAUUCGAGAUGGACUGUACUAUCUACCCCAUCGCCAUUCGCUUCGACCCUCGCUACGGGGACGCCUUCUGGUACCAAGACACCUUCGUGCAGUACCUCUUCUCCAUGAUGACCUCCUGGGCCAUUGUCGUAGACGUGUGGUACCUUCCUCCCAUGCAGCGCCGCCAGAAUGAGUCAGGAGUCGCGUUUGCACAGAGGGUGAAGGCGCUCAUUGCCCACCGUGGAGGCUUCGUGCAGCUCGCCUGGGACGGUCUGAUCAAACUGCACACCACUAAACAGGACGUGUGGCGCCUUAAACAGAGCCAGUGGCGGCAGAAACAACAAAAGGAGUUUGCAAGGCACUUCGAGGAGAGGGAAGAGGAAGAGGAAGAGGAAGAGGAGAAGGAGGAGGAUGAGGUGAACAGAGACGUGAAUGUGAAGGAAAAUGGACAGAUGGAAAGUGAAGAAAGUGCUAAGCAAGAAACAAAAGUGGAAAAGAGGAGAAAAUACUCGGAAAAAAGAGGAAAUAAAGGAAAGCGAUGCAGAUGAAAACGAAAAGAGAGACGUAAAAAGGGAAGAAGAAACGGGGAAGGGCAAUACAAAUACAAGGGAAAAGAAAGCACAGUGAGGGAAGAGGAAAAAGAAGAGAGAUACAGAUGAAAUGAAAAAUACAGAAUUAGAAAAUAGAGGAAAAGGAGAAUAAAUGUACAAAUGUGAAGGAAAAUGGAAAUCAACAAAUGAAAGAAAGUUAGAAGAAAGAAACAAAUGUGGGAGA